GAAUACAUAAUCGCUGCACUUGCUGGCGAUAAAAUUUGGAUUUUCCGCGAUAAAUCCGAGUGAAAUCCUCCGGACUCAUGUCCCAACUGGUGCGCAGCAUUGGCCGGUUGGCCAUCAGUGGAUCCAAUCGUCUCUUGCCGGUUUCGACCACACUACCGACGACGAUUAGUCAAUUUCACACUAGCAGCACGUUGUCCAAGAAGUGGAACAGCCACAGCAGCGGUCCAAAGCGAUGGCUCGACAACAACAAAAUCAUCUACCCUCCGCAGGCACCGGCUGAGGAACCCAGACCAGCGUUCGUGUGCCACCAGAAGACCAACAUCAAGUACAGCCCGAAGAAGAUGUGGUACAUUGCAAGUUUUGUGCGAGGUAUGACCGUAGACGAGGCGAUCAAGCAGCUAUCGUUCAUCGACAAGCAAGGAGCGACGGCCGUAAAGGAAUCGAUCCUGGAAGCGGUGGAACUGGCAGUGAAGAAGCAUAAUGUGGAGUUCCGUUCGAACCUGUGGGUGGCGGAAUCUUUCUGCGGCAAGGGACGUGUUUUCAAGGGAUUCCGCCGGCACGGAAGGGGUCGAUUUGGGGAGGUCGAGUACAAACACUGUCACUACUUUGUUCGGCUGGAGGAAGGAACGCCACCGGAGCAUUACUACCCGGGACAGGAGCCGAAGAGCGGUGACCAGAUGCUGCAGGAAUGGCUGGAGUCGAUGCGAAAGCGGAAGGUUAUCCAUUCGUUGUAAUUGUUGUUGCGAAAAUAAAUGAUUAGUGUC